AUGGGCGGAGCCGCUUCCAAACCCGCGCGCUCAGCCGCGCAAGCCGCCUCGCGCCGCACAUACCCCAAGCAACCCUCCGCGCCGUCGCCCUCGCCCGCAUCCAGACCUCCGGCCCAGCGAUCACCACCUCCCCCGUCACCGGCAUCUCGACAGCCCAAGUUCGAGUCCCAACCUCAGAGUUCAGCACAGGGCGUAGGUCUAACAUACCACUCGAAGGAGCAGGCUUCGACGGAGAAAUCAUCCGCAAUCGACCUCGACGGCCGCGACCCGCACUUCGCCGCCUCCCUCCGCUCCAUCGGCCCCGUAACGCCACACCCAACCCUCUCCCACUCCAGCACAUUCAACCAGAGCCAGAACCAGCCGGCGGCGCAGGCGUCCCCCUCCGUCUUCCCGUCCCCGUCGACAAACCCUGCUCUCCUCGUCGUCACAUCGCGGCAGCGCAUCGCGGCCGAGGCAGAGGGGGAAGCGGAGGACUAUGGCAAGGGCGCGUUUGAGGGGAGGCGGUACCUCGAUGCGUUUACGAUUCGGCAGGCGCUGGCUAUGAGGGAUCGGCAGGGUUUGCCUGCGGACGAGAUUGAGAGGGUUCUUAGGCUGAAGAGCGGGGUUGUGGGGAGGAUGGGGGGUAAGGGGGUUUUUGGGGUUGUAUAG